GUCAGCAAAACCCGCCACAUUAGUUACCCACCCCAACCCGUGACCCAAGUACCCAACCCUUCCACUCCACCCUAAUUCCUCAACUUCCUCUGCCCUCGCCGAUGUACCAGAAACAAAAAAAAACUUCAAUUCUCGGCGGGUUGUCUCAACCUUUGUCCAAUUUUCAUACCCACUGGGUCUUUUUUUUAACUCUGUUUUGGGGCUUUUCUUUGAAAUAACCAGAUACGAAUGGAGAAGGAAGAGAAGAGCCAACAAAGAGGUUGCAAAGGUUUCGAACCAGAUUUACUGCUACAGUGGGGGAUCAAAAAGCGACUGAGAUGCGUGAGAGUCAGAGGCCCUCAAUUCAUCUCCCAGAGAUCCAACGACGGAUUCAACCGGAGAAUCACUUCCCGGGUUGAUAGAUUCGUCAUCUCCUCGCCGAAAAAAGAAAUCUCUCACCAUCUCCUUUCCAGUCGUAUUACAAAGAAUUCAGAGGCGGCGGGAGUUCAGACUUCGGGGGUGAAUGAGAAGAAGAAAUUGGUUGUGUCGUCGAAGAAAGAGGACAUGUAUUACAGCACGAGAGGAUAUUCGGCGGCGGGAUUGGGGGUAGGUGGAGGAGCGGAGAAAGCUUGUUCUGCGGAGGUGGUAGAAGAGAGAUCAGGCGGAGAAAGAGUGGUUAGGGCCGGAUGAGUUGCUACGCAAUGCGCAGCGAUCGAUUGAGGCGGAGAAGGAGCCGCAGACGACGACAGCGGCGGGGACCCGGCAGCGCCGAGGAUGGAGGAAGUUGAGGAGUUAGGGGGGAGUGGAAGGGUUGGGUACUUGGGUCACGGUUUGGGGUGGGUAACUAACGUGGCGGAUUUUGCUGACUGUGCAGGUCGGGUUUUAUUUUUUUUAUAAUUUAAAUUGGGUGAAUCAGUACUUCUGUUAGCCACGUCAGCAAAUAACUGACAGUGUUAACGGAAACUGACGGAAGGUAACGGAGAGUGACCAAACUUGAACCAUUUAACUAAUUUGAGUGACCAAUAUUGGAUUUAAAUAUUUUCAGUGACCAAAUAUGAACGUUAUCUCAGUGACCAAUCAUACAAUUAACCCUAAUUUUGAAUGAAUCAAAAUGAACCUAAAUAUGAGUGGAAUGGACAUUGUAUACGGUAGCUCUACAGAGAGUGAAAUGAUUGACCAGUCUUCUUGUCAAGUGCAAAAUGUAGAGAAAAAUAUAUAUAUACUGCUUUGUAGAGGGAUCGAAACCUUGUUUAGGCGCCACACAGAUACUGCUUGUAUCUUUUCCUUUGGGCUUGCCCAUUGCAUUUUUAAUGAACCACACUUUCAAAAAAAAAAAAAAGAGUUUCUUUCUGCUGCACUGCUUAGUGUUGGUCGUUUGAAAUUUGUGAUUGUUAGAGUUGUGUUUGUUGAAUACAUAUAUUGUGCACAAUACAAUGUUUGGAAGUGCCAAAGUGUUAAACAAUGCAUGCAUUGUUUUAGAUAGGUCCCACCAAUAAUCACAAAAAAUGAUGCAUUAUACAAUCUCAACUAAAAGUUGUGAUUGUUGGUUUUAGAUUUGUGUCAACUUUUUCUUUCCAUUUAUAUCCCCAAUAGUUUUUGUCCUAUUCUAAAAGUUGAGGGUAAAUGUGAUAUUUCCCUAUAAAAUAAAUUUAUGUAAAUCAAUGCAUAAAAUAGAAUCUCAACAACCAAACAAUGUAUUGUUAAAAUGCAUCCGUUGUAUCAAUACAUGCAUUUAUAUUAUGAUGAUUCAUUACAAUGCAACGAUUUAACAAUCACAACUUUCAAACUACCUCUUAGGGGUCGUUUGGUUUUGGUGAUAGUUAAAUUGAUGGAUUGUCAUCAAUGCAUGUAUACUAAUAUGCAUGUAUAUAAGAAAAUUAGUGUAUUGUAGUUUACAUCGUUUGGUUUUGUGAUAGUUAUUGUAGUAUUUAGACAAGUUAUAUUACUUUUUGGAUGAAAUGUCCUUUUUACCCUUUGCUUUUAAUAUAAAAAAAUAACACAAAUAAAAAAGGUAGGUACAUAGUUGGAAGAAAAAAUAACCCAAUAAUCUCCACCCGAACAAUCUCAACAAUCUCACAAAUACUUGAGAUUUAACUAUCACUCAUUUUGAGUGAUAGUUUAAGUCAAAUCAAGCAAACAAUGCAUGUAUUGUUUGUGCAGAAAAUUCAAAAAAACAAUGCAUUGUGAACAAUACAUGCAUUGUAACUAUUCCCACCAAACAAUCACCAAAACCAAACAACCUUACACGUAAGUUUCAUAAUUCUCGAGGGGGAGCCGGAGGCCUAAGCUAGCUCCGCUCCCGGCCAAAAGAAAAUUUGAAGAACUUAUAGGUAAUAAAAAUUUUUAAAAAAAUUUCAUUUUAUAUUACCAAGUUUGGGCCGCAUUUUGCUUCAGGAACAACCUCCAAAUUUUGAGAACCAACCAUACCAAUUAUUCAAUCACCAUCGAAAUCGGAGUUGAGAUUGAACAAAUCGAAGGAGCUUAUUAAGAAUACUAUCACCUCCACUAUGUCACUUGUUUAUUGUUUUUCCCCCCUGCCAUUUGUUGUGUUUUCCAAUUCUCUUCGAGGUUGGAUUUGUAAGGUAUGUGGUAUAAUAUAUGAAUUUUGUGACG